UUACAGAAUUGCAAUGCCCCUAACCCUGACAUGGGCCGAUGAAGUCAAGCUAAAACCCUCGCUCGAAGGCGAGAGGAGUGGGGGCUCAAAUUACAAAAAGGCGCAAAAUGCACGAAAUCACUAGUCUUCGCCUCUUCUUCUCUACCGCCAACCAUCACCUUCUCUCCGCUUCGCCCUCGCUCUCUCGUCUCUUCAGGCUCAGACCUCCAAAAACCUCCCUUAAACCCCCUCCUCUCUUCGCUUCAUUCUCUUCAUAUUCACUUAAACAAAGGUACGGCAACAGCAAGAACAAUCCCAAUUCAUUGAGCAGUGGCCGUAGGCAUAGCAGUUCCAAGGUUGAAAAAAUGGAAGGCGGCAGUAACAGUGGGUCGGAGCAUAUUGGGUUCAAUAAACGAAGGGCGGAAGGUAAAGAUGGUAGUGAUAAGCCAAAAAAGAAUCUUCAGCGCAAAGUCCGCAAACUUGAUCCUGCAAAUACAAUUUCUUAUGUUCAGAUUCUUGGGACUGGUAUGGACACGCAAGAUACAUCACCAUCGGUCCUCCUAUUCUUUGAUAAGCAGAGAUUUAUAUUUAAUGCUGGAGAAGGAUUGCAACGAUUUUGUACAGAGCAUAAAAUUAAGUUGUCCAAGAUUGAUCACAUAUUUCUCUCGCGUGUAUGCUCAGAAACUGCUGGUGGACUUCCAGGCCUUUUAUUAACUCUAGCAGGCAUAGGAGAAGAAGGUUUGUCUGUCAAUGUUUGGGGUCCUUCAGAUCUUAAAUAUCUUGUUGAGGCCAUGAAAUCAUUUAUCCCAAAUGCUGCAAUGGUCCAUACAAAAAGCUUUGGGCCGCUACCUGGUGAUAAUGCCACUAUACCUGCACCAGAGAAGUUUGACAAUCCCAUCGUUCAUAUUGACAACGAAGUUGUUAAAAUAUCAUCUGUUCUGUUGCGACCCAGACACUCAAAAGGGUCCUUGGAGGUUAAUGCUUUAACAGCUAGUGUUGAGGAGAGAACAAAGGUUUUUUCAGAACCCAGUAUUAGUUCAAGAACUGAGCUUUCUUUGAAGCCUGGUGAUCUUUCUGUUGUUUAUGUAUGUGAAUUGCCAGAAAUUAAGGGGAAAUUUGACCCCAAAAAGGCUGCUGAUCUUGGAUUGAGUCCUGGACCAAAAUAUCGUGAAUUGCAACAUGGAAAAUCAGUGUUGUCAGAUACACAAGACAAAAUGAUUCACCCAAGUGAUGUUCUGGGCCCUUCUAUUCCUGGUCCUAUUGUGUUCCUUGUUGACUGCCCAACCAUGUCUCAUUUAGAGGAGUUGUUUGCUUUGGAAUCUCUUGCCCCAUAUUAUUCAAAUAUAUCAUCAAAUGCUUCUGAAAACUGUAAACUUGUAAAUUGUGUAAUUCACCUUAGUCCUUCAACAGUAACAAAUACAGCCAUGUAUCAGCAGUGGAUGUCAAGAUUUGGUGGGGCUCAGCAUAUCAUGGCUGGGCAUGAGCUGAAGAAUAUUGAGAUUCCAAUUCUAAGAUCUAGUGCAAGAGCUGCAACUCGACUCAAUUACUUGUGUCCACAGUUAUUUCCUGCCCCUGGUUUUUGGUCUCUUCAACAGAUGAAAAAGUUGCCAUCAGCCUCAGAGUUUGCAAGCGAGGGAUCUCUGCCACAGAUUUUUGGAGGCAUUUCUGCUGAGAAUCUCCUCAAGUUCCAUCUUCGACCAUACGCACAGCUUGGACUAGACAAAUCUUGUACUCCAAAUAUGAUGUCUUCCCCAGAAAUAAUCAGUGAUUUAAUCUCAGGAAUUCCAGAGAUUGAAGAUGCUUCUCAACGCAUUACCCAGUUGUGGCACGGGAAUGGAGAAACCAAUGGGACAUAUGUGCGAGAUACAGAACUUAUGUAUGAAGAGCCAUGGUUGCAUGAAAAUGGACUACCUAGUUGUUUGGAAGGCAUAACAAGAGAUGAUAUGGAGAUUGUUCUUCUUGGGACUGGGUCAUCCCAGCCUUCAAAAUAUCGGAAUGUUAGUUCUAUCUUCAUUAAUCUAUUCUCAAAGGGAAGUAUUCUCUUAGAUUGUGGUGAAGGGACACUGGGACAGCUUAAAAGAAGGUUUGGCAUUGAAGGUGCUGACGAAGCUGUUAGAGGUUUGAGGUGUAUCUGGAUUUCUCAUAUACAUGCUGAUCAUCAUACUGGUCUUGCAAGAAUACUUGCGCUUAGACGUGAAUUACUCAAAGAUGUGGCUCAUGAGCCUUUGAUUGUUGUUGGCCCUAGACAGCUUAAGAGAUAUCUUGAUGCGUAUCAACGACUUGAGGAUCUAGAUAUGCAAUUCCUUGAUUGUAGGAAUACCACAGAAUCUUCAUUGAAGGCUUUUGAGUCACAUGAAGACAACGAUGUGGAAAGAGGGAAAGCACCUGGGCUAAAGGACCAACAGACUGAUUCUAGUCUAUUUGUGAAAGGGGAUCGCAUGCAGAGCUAUUGGAAGAGGCCAGGCAGUCCAGUUGACUCAUCUGUGUUCUUCCCAAUUUUGAAGAACCUGAAGGGUGUAUUAAACGAAGCAGGAUUAGAAGCAUUGAUAAGUUUCCCUGUUAUUCAUUGUCCACAAGCUUAUGGAGUAGCACUAAAAGCUGCUGAUAGAACUAAUAGUGCUGGGAAAAGGAUACCGGGAUGGAAGAUUGUUUACUCUGGUGAUACUAGGCCCUGUCCAGAUCUGGUUGAAGCUUCUCGUGGAGCAACAGUUCUCAUACACGAGGCUACAUUUGAAGAUGGCAUGGUGGACGAGGCAAUAGCAAGAAAUCACAGCACAACAAAGGAAGCUAUUGAAGUGGGGGAUAGCGCUGGAGCAUAUCGUAUCAUCCUUACUCACUUCAGCCAAAGAUACCCUAAAAUCCCAGUUUUUGAUGAAUCCCACAUGCACAAAACCUGCAUUGCUUUUGAUAUGAUGAGUAUAAAUGCAGCAGAUCUGCCUAUGCUUCCAAGAGUCCUUCCAUACCUUAAGCUCCUAUUUCGUGAUGACCUCGCGGUUGACGAAUCCUUUGAUGCAAAUGUUACAACUGCUAUUCGUGAUGAGCUCAUGGUUGAUGAAUCUGAUGAUGCGGCAGCAGCAGCAGAUGUUACAACUGUUCUUGCUUGAAAAACACAUACUACUAUAAAUGUAUUAAUUAUUAUUUUUAACUUGAAGAAAACAAAAUUUUGUUGAAAUUCCAUUUAGUCAGGUUUGUGAGCAAAGCAGUCUUCAUGUCUUAAUGUCUUAAAUGCAAAUUGCAAAAAAUGUGAAAAUCUGGAUGGAAA